GAAGUUUAGUUGGCUUUUAAACUUCUUCACGACAUGUUAAAAUAUUUCGGCUUUACCUUACUUUUGGUGGCCACAGCUUUAGCUGCCUCUUUGCCAGCUUUAAACGAUGAACCUGAACUAUUCAAAAACGAUCAACGUAUUGUAGGAGGCUAUGCAGUAGAUAUUACCAAACAUCCUCAUCAGAUAUCGAUGAGACGUAAGAGUUCUGCAAACAAUGCCUUCUCUCAUACCUGUGGUGGUAGUAUUUAUAAGGCAAAUGUUAUUGUAACUGCUGCCCAUUGUGUUAACAAUCGUAGUCCUGAAGUAUUCAUAAUUGUUGCUGGUACCAGCACUCGUAAUGGUGGUGAUGGUGUAGUGGCCCGUGUUAGUAAAAUUAUUAUGCAUGAAAAGUAUAAUGCCUCUAUUACCGAUAACGAUGUGGCUUUAAUGAUCCUAUCCACCCCAUUGCCCUUAAAUGGUGUCACCAUUGCCCCUAUUACUUUGGCCAAAGAAGCUCCAAAACAUGGUGCUAAAGCUGUUAUAACUGGUUGGGGUACUACCUCUUCGGGUGGUUAUUCCUCUAAUCAAUUAUUAGAAGUUCAAGCUCCCAUUGUCAAUAAUGAACGUUGUGAUGCUUUAUAUGCUGUUGCUUAUGGUCCUGGUCGUAUAACUGAUAGUAUGAUUUGUGCUGGUGUUGAGGAUGUUGGUGGCAAAGAUGCUUGCCAGGGUGAUUCUGGCGGUCCACUUUUGGUUAAUCAUCAAUUGGCUGGUAUUGUUUCCUGGGGUCGUGGUUGUGCUUUACCUUAUUAUCCUGGUGUUUAUGCUAAUGUAGCAGCAUUCACCGAAUGGAUUGAAACUAAAGUUGCAGAAAAUGCUUAAAUUUGAUGUAAAAUUUAAUUAUAUUAAAGAAACCCUUUAAAAUACAUACAUUUCUGGGAGCCAAAAGCUCUUAAAGUUUAAA